GAGAGAAAGAGAGAGAAAGACUGAAGGAUGGAGCUGGAGCUGGAGCUGGGAUUCAGACGAAGCAUCGGGAUGGAGGAACAGGAUCAGGACCGGGUGAGUCGGACGUCCAGCCUGGUCACCGUAUCUUCAACCAGCAGAUACAAGGUGAAUGAGAAGCUGCAGAGGUUUGGUAAGAGAUCCCAGUCAGUGAAGAGAGAUCCGAACUCCUGCGUGGUGAUACGAGGGUGGCUCUAUAAACGAGACAGUACAGGACUAAAACUCUGGAAGAGAAGAUGGUUCGUCCUCUCCAACUUCUGCCUCUUUUAUUAUAGAGACAGCAGGGAGGAGGGUUUGUUAGGAAGUCUUCCUCUACCCAGCUACAAGAUCUACUUCUGCUCCCCCAGAGAGUGUAAGAACAGGAAGUACGCCUUCAAGGUGGUUCAUCAGGGAAUGAGAUCCUACCUGCUCAGCGCUGAAACUCAGGAGGACAUGCUGGGCUGGGUCAGAGCUCUCAGCCAAUCAGCAUGCAUGGAGAUGGAUGACAUCAUCAACAGACGAUGUUCCAGUUAUCAGGACUUCUCUCAGAUGGGGGGCAGCAGUGAGUGUGGUACCCCCCCACACCCCGACCGUGGUACCUUCCACCCUCACCUGUACAGGAACCAGACUGAACCAUCUCACCUCCUUAUAAGGAGGAACCUGGAGUCACCUGAUCACAGAGGGAGAAGCCACAGAGCUGUCAACAGUGAUGACAGUCGAACCCGAGCUCUGAGUCUGGACCGAAACACUGAGGAUCAUUAUGAGUCGAGACCUCACAGCCCCGUGAUUAGAACCGGCUACAGACUCCAUCAGAGUACAUCUGUAACUCCGCCCACAGGGGCGCUCCUCAGCCCCGCCUCCAACAGGUGCAUCAGACAGGGAACCCGCUCAGAUCGGCCCCCGCUGCCCUCCUCCAGAAUUACCCACAAUCCCUCUCUGCAGCCCACCGCACCGGUGUGUGUGCUCCCAGCAGUUACAGGGGAGAGCGACACACACACACUCACAGCACUGCAGAGAGAUACAGACGCGGUUCUGACUCGUUUGUGUGGAGGUGAUAAACUACUGCAGAAGCUCUCACUGCAACUGGAUCAUCUACUGCAGAAGAAGGAGCAUGCUCAGUUGGAGCUGGAUAUGACUCACUUGCAGCUUGAUGAAUGGCAGCUGGAUGAACACGUAUCCCAGAAGGCUUUGCUGCAGGAGGAGCUGAUCCUCAUCCGAGCCAGAAUAUGUAACCUGACUCUGGAGAUGGAGAAGAUCUGGGUGGAUUAUGGACGGAUGGAAAGCGAGCUGUGUGUGUUCCGUUCUCACCUGCAGCACAUCUGCAACUUCGGACUCCCACAGGAGCGCUGUGUUGCUCAGAAACAGAUCUGGAUGAUGGACGAUAUUCUGAGUGGAUUAAAACCCAACAGGAAACGAUUUAAAUCUUUCAUUCAUUCAUUCACACCAACAUUAUAUGCCGGUGUGGAUCAGAUCUCGUCUCUUCACGCUGUACAGAAUCUGAUCUACAUGGGGGAGGAAUCAGAAGCUCCAGUCCGUCCACCUUUACCUGUCGAGCUCCAGAGCACCAAUCAGAGCGCAGUGAUGAGGUCAGAGUGGGCGGAGUCAGAUCACCCGUGGGGUUCCUGCUGUGCUGUGACAGAUCCACUGAAGUCCAGCUUCACUCACUCAUCUAUACACAGCACAGUACAUCAAUAA